ACAUGAACAAGUAUUUUGCUGAAGUGCCAAAAAAUUCGAAUGAAGUGUGAUCGCAAAUUGAAAUCGAAUUUAAAAAAAGAUUUUGUACCAAAUGUUACAUAUUUUUGAGGGGGUUGAAAACGUUGAGAAGUGAUCAUGGAACUCGAUUGCUACAAAGUGGAAAUUCUCCAUUAUCUCAAUCCACACUUAAUUUGGGUGGAAGUGACAGAUUCAAAGAGGGAUGAAGAAUUUGUUUUUGAACAGUUAGGUAUUUACGGGCUGCUACCUUAUGAGACCACGAUAGAUUUAAACGGAGAAACUUUAAAAAGUCAACGAUGUCCUGAAUGGAUAGCAGCUGCGACAGUAGUGAUGAAGAAGGUUCUUGGUAGUGCUGUAGAGGUUUUCUUUCAACAAACUUUUAUUGACAGGAGGUCGUCUAUUUUUGAUGACAAUAUUCAUAAAUACGGUGAACUAAUUGUUAAUACUGUGGAUGGUAGAAAAUUAAAACUAAGUCAAAGUCUCGUUGAUUCUGGAUUUGCCCUCUACGAUGUUUGUCUCUUUCAUCAGGAGCUAAGCCUAGGGAAUUUAAAAACGAAGCUUAGCAUUGUAAAAGCAAGAGAAGUAAUCAAGUAUCUAGAAAAAGAUAACAUAGAUAAAGUUAGAGAGUGUAAGGUCAAGAAACAAACAGCCGUUUUACAAGCAGCACAGAGUUUUGAAACCACUCUAACAAUGCAGAAUUUAGAAAGACAUAAUCGUCAGUUAAGUGGUAUGGCUAUAGAUAAUUUGAUACAAAAGAAAAUGAAGGAUUUUGACAGGUGCAAAGAUAUAGACGAGGAAUCCAUUGGCAGAGCUAUCAGCUUGAAACAAAACUUGAAAGAACAUCAGUCAUCAUUACUGAGGAAGAAAAUGGAAUUGUUCAAAUUACAAAAAAGUCAAAAUUCGAAUAAGGAACAAAAGAAUUCUCAAAAUGAUCCAUUGAAAGUCCUGUUAGCUGCAAAACAAGUUUUGGAAGUUGAUGCUAAUACAACAGGAAAUAAACUGAAUGCGGACGAUUCUCUGUUCUCUGAAGAAAAUAAAUUUCAAGAAAACAGGAGCCAUCAUUCGUCAAGUGAAAAUGAUAUUGUUAUUAAUACAGAAAAUAAUCAAGUAACAAAUUCUGAGAAUAUUAUACAAAAAAAAAGAAAAAGUAACAAACAACAUAAAAUAUCAGAAUAUGACAUUGUGACUGAAAAACGGAUUGCAUUUGGACCCCCUGGGUUUAACCUUACUCAGUUACCAAUGAAAAUUGUCCCAAAAGGAAAAGAAACUGAAGAAAUAAACUUGGUAAGUGAGAUUGAUGAUAAAGUGUUUGUUGAAAGAGAAAAAGAACCAUUUGCUGAUGUCGAUUCAAUGGUUAAUUUUGAAAUUACUGAAAUAGAUAGACUGAAAGAAAUCAAAAAUAAACACGUUAACUGUGAUGAUAAUUACUUAAAUAGACAACAAACCAAAAAUGCCAAUGCAGGAAGUUUAGACAAUACUACAACUAAUGAGCAGAAACAAGAAUUUGCAAAGCUAAGGUCUGCUGUAUUGCAGAGAAAACUAAAAUUACAUAAAGAGAUAUCUUCAAAACAAUCUGAUCACUCUGAAACUUUGCUUGGUGAUAGAAUAAACAAAGCUCUCUCAGAUACUUCUCAUUCUGAUACUGUUAAUGAAGAUCUCUUAGAAAAUUCUAAUUUUAAUACAAUUAAUAAAGACUCUUCCACAAGUAUUGAUGGUAUCCAAUCAAAAAAAGAAGGAAAAAAGUCAGAAACUAUAAAAUGCGAUUAUUUAGACUCUGAUGAUGAUGUCACUGAAAUUUUUGAAGAAAUGAAUGUAAAAUAUGGUGUCCCAACUGUCAAAAUUCAACCAGAAGCUCCUAAGGAGGUUAUUAAGGCAGAUAGUGCAUAUAUAAAUAAUGUAAAUCCUUUUAAGAAUGUAGACGAUACAAUAUCUGUGUUUGUUGAUAAGUUAGUGGCACCUGUACUAAUGGUCCAUUCAAAGAUGAAUCAAAGGAUUGAACCAUGUUCUAAUUUAAGAGAUGCAAAUUUUAACACACACAUACAGAUAGUUUUAAAAAAUUUAUCUAUUGUGCAUCCUAUGAUGUUGCAAAUGAUAUCUUGGCCAGUGAUUUUACGUGGUUUCAGUUUAUUUUUGGUUAGUCCUUUAGGGAGUGGCAAGACCAUUGGGUACUUGCCUGCAGUUUGCCGUUUAGUAACUGAUUUUACUAGUGAUAGCAUUCAUAGCGUCGGACCUAUAUGCAUUAUAGUUUGUGCGACAGCUCAGUCUGUAGCAGAAGUUGAUAAAUUAGCUCGAAUGUUUUUAGGGGUAGAAGAAAGAGUACUGUCUUGCUUUGCUGGCAUGGAUGAACUCCACAUGACCACGUCUUUACUUAACGGUUGCGAUUUAUUCAUCUGUACACCAUCUGUGUUAGUCAGGUUAAUGCAACUCACCGACUUCGGAGUGGAUUUACGUCGCCUUUCUACUUUUGUUCUUGAUGAUUGCGAAAGAUUAUCAGAAGUUUAUGCCAAGGAAAUCAAAUGUUUCCUUGCUAAAAUCAAAGAAGCAGAAAACAAGCGCGUAAAUAAAGAACUUAAGGUACAAUUUAUAGCGGCGUCUAGAGUAUGGUGCGAAUUCAUGGCACCAUUAGCUAGGAAAGCGCCGAAUUCUGUGAUUUGUAUUGGUGCAUUCCAGGAAUGUGUACUUUAUUCAAAAACUAAUACCAUUGUUGAUUUCGUUAAGAAAGAGAAUAAAAUAAAACGCGUGUUGGAAUUUCUUAAAGGUAUUGACGACACCAAAAAAACUGUCAUUGUUUGCCGUUCUGACGAUGAAGUGGAAGAAUUAGGUAAGGUCUUACGGAAUCAUAAAUAUGUCGUUUUCAGCUGCAAUAACACUAUGACUGUUGAAGAAUUAUAUGAUUUGAGUCAAUGUUGGGUAGAAUAUGAGGAACCUUUACUUGGGCCGAUAUUAAUUUGUUGUGAUGGUAAUUUAACACAUUUGAAUGCCACUGACGCGCAUUAUUUGAUCCAUUACUCUCUACCUCAUUUAUUCUCGAUGUUCUGUAGAAGAUUUUCUGCUCUUAAUAAUAAUUACUCUUCAAUAUUCAAAGAAGAGAAACAAAGUUUAAAAAUCAAGGUAUUCUUGGAAGAGGACAAUCUGGAACAGCUUCCCAAGAUUUUGAAUUUCAUCAAAAGAUGUACUGAUGUGCCGGAAUUCUUAGAAAGUGUAAGUGUAAAAAUAUUGCAAGAAAAAGAUGUGAUCAAAGGAAAGAAUCUUGUUCCCAUUUGUGAUAAUCUACUUACGUUAGGCGAGUGUCCUGACUUCUGGAAUUGUCAAGAGCGACAUGGUAUUUUUAAGCAAUAUGAUCAGUUGAAAGAUUGGAUGCCAAGAAGUGGUGUGGUCACAUUUAAAAUACUUCAUUAUCACACUGCAGUACAUUACUCGGCGCGACUGUUAUCAAACUCGACAAAAGGCAACAAAAGGAAAUAUCCUCAAACAUAUAAUGUGUUGCAUAUGAAGUUGGGAAUGUACUUUAGUAAAGAAAGCAAUAGGAAACUGCAUGGAAUACCUAAAGUUGGCGAUAUUUGUGCAGUGUCAGUAAAGCAAAACUUCUUUGCGAGAUGUCAGGUGUUAAAGAUCCUUAACCGUUACAAUAACGGCACACCAAAUUGCGUUUUAAUAAAUUUGCUGGAUGAUGAAAGAUUAGAAAGAGCAAGGGAUAUAUUUUUGUACCACCUACCCGAGGAUUUGAAGAGUUUUGAAACACAUAUUGUGCAUGUAAGGUUAGUAAAUAUACGCCCUAAAGAUAAUGACAUUACUUUUUCAGAUCUUGCUAAAAAUCAGCUAAAGAAAAUCACUGAUAAAGAAGAAGAUUUAUAUUUGAGAGGCGAAGUAGUAAUGACAAUUGGUAAUUGUAUUUUUGUCAACACUUUAGAAGCGUGCCAUGAACUGACCUCUUUGAAUGAAACAGUCGUGCGAUACAAUUUCAAGAAAGAACUAUUAGAAACUCAUGCUAUAACUAAUCCUGACCACAUGACAAAAUUAAGCAUUCUUUGCAAAGACUUUGAUUGUGCUGAAACAGAAGUAAUCGUUACAGAAACAAUAAAACCUAAAAAGCAGUCACCAAAGCCCCAAUGGGCGCAUUUGGAGAUACAUGAUUUUUCACAAGUGUUCUUUGCAUCAGCUGUAAAUCCAGGGACCUUCUUUGUACGGCUCACUAAUUUCGAACCUUGCAUGAAAUUAGUGUUGCAAGAGAUUGAUAAAUACGUCAAACACAAUCCCAACCCUGUAGUAGAUAUACAUGUUGGUGAUAUACUUCUCGCUAAAUUUCCUGAUGAUGCUACCUUUGAGCGAGCUAGAGUUGAUGAUAUACUCGGCGACGAUAAAGUCAGAUGUUUCUUCGUUGAUCAAGGUGAUUGGGCUGUCGUUGCAACUAAAGAUUUACUUCAAAUACCAGAUAAGUUAGUGACUCUAAUUCCAUUCCAAGCUAUUGAAUGUAGUUUAGUAGGAGUGAAGCCGGCAGGCGAUGACUGGACAGAAUUCGGAACUAAUUGGUUCACGUACAGUUGCUUUGAAAAUAAGGAUGGGGACAUCAAACAACUUUACGUAAAAUAUUUUAACAAAAUCAAAGCGGAUUACACGGAUGGUCAUAAAUAUGGCGUUGUUUUAGUUGAUACGACUACUGAACAAGAUAUUUUGAUCAAUCAAUUGAUGAUAGACCUUAAUUUAGCGCAAGAGAAGGAAGAGGAAGUGCAUUUUUUUACUGAGUUAAACAUAAAUAAUGCCACUGCAGAAGAGAGUUCAACUGAUAGUGAAAUUGUCACUGUAAAAAAGAAUCCAAACAGUAUAUCCAAGUCACUAGUACCAGUGAAUAAUCCAAAAGACACCCCAAACGUACCUUUAGAUAACAUAUUUUUGAAAAAACCUAUUAGAUCAGUUCCAUUGGUAGAUUCCGACAAUGAAUCAGAAAACUCGGAUAAAUGGGAAAUAGUGAACGCUAAAGAAGUUGUAAGCUCUAUCAUUUCACAACCCUCGAGUACACCACCAAACAAUCAAAGUUACGCAUCUACAAAUAAAAUUUCUUCUACCGAGAAUUUGAUUAAAAAUUCAAUGUCCAAGAAUAUUCCUGCAAUAUCGUCUUCGAAAUUAGGCUUUGAAAAAAGUUGUUUAAGUACUUCCGUUAUCCAUGACGAACCUAAAAGUAUGUCCAGCACAUUAGACUCUGAUGACCUGUCUUCAGCAGAAGGUUCCCAAUUAGCGGAAAAAGCGAUUAAAGAAAAACAAAAUGAUCAUAAUAGUACAGAAAUCGAUGAAUUACGAAAACCGAAAUUGGUUUGGUGGCAGAACAGUUCAACUGUAUAUAUAAAAAUACAAUUGAUCGGCGCCGAAGAAUACAAUGUAGAAAUUAAAGAGAGAUCAAUUAAAUUCUCAACUUAUUUGAAUGACACAUAUUAUGGUUUUGAUUUCGAAUUAUACGGAGUGAUUGAAAGUAAUUGUUCGGUACAUAGUAAUAAAGGACAGUACAUAUUAGUGAAGCUUGCUAAGAUUAUUAAGAAAAAUUGGUUAACUUUAACAAGAGAUGGUUGUAUGAGGAAAUGGAUCGUGUAUGAUGUAGAUAGUAUAGAUACUUCGUCUGACGAAGAGGAUGUGCCAGUGAAUUAUUUAGCCGAGAUGGUGAAAAGUACACACAACAGAGAUGCAGGUUCUGAAAGUGAUGACGAUUUGCUGGAUGAUAUUAAUUUUGAAUACAAACGAGACUACGAUUAA